UUUAGUUACGGGAGUAGUCGGAGUGAUUUCGUCACGAGAAUUGUUGGACAACGCGGCACUUGCUAAAAUAUAUUCAGUAUUAAACCUAGCUUCUAGUUGCUUUGGAAUUAUGAACCUUAUUUUUUUUGGAGUCGGAUUAAAGCUUUCGAUAAGCUCAUAUUCAAACAAGACUGAUUCUAAAAACACUGAGGACAAAGACUUCGACUUUUAUUAUGACGUUAUAACAGGUUUCCUGGUAUUCGAGCUUUUCGUUGUUACGCUCCUUGCAAUUUAUUGCUUUGUGCGAGUUGGAAAAUGUUACGUACAGGAGUCAACUGGUCGGGAAAUCUUUAUUUAGUUAAAGAAAAAAAAGAAGAGGAAAAGGGAGGAUUAGUGAUUUUAUCAUGUAUCUUGAUGAAUGCAAGUAGAAAAAGAAAGUGAUGUUAAACCCAACUGGACUCUCAUUUGUGAUACAUGUACUUGUAUUUGAACUAUUAAAAACGAUAAAAUACAAUUUGGUUAUGGAGAAAAGAAAAUAUUCAUGGAUUAUGAUGUUUCUUUUUUAAUUCUUCAUGGAAUAAAUAAUGUUCAACCCUACUUUUGCUGGACUCUUUGGGAUGGAUUCUUCAAUGCUAGGGGGUGGGAAAAUGAAUUCCAGUUCGCACCCCUCCCACCCUCUGUAUUUUCUACAGGUGUUAUUCAUUGUGUAUAAAAUUUGCCACAAGUGUUGACUAAACCAUAACUAACAAUUUGGUCUAAAAAUGCCAAUGUUCCCAUCUUUGCCAUUACUUAAUUUGUGGAAAUGCGAAAAAUUACCUUAAAUUUGAGAUUCGAAAAAGAACUUGUGUAAUUGGGUUGGAAUUUAGUUACACAAAUACGACAAGAAAUAAUGUAACUCAGGGGCGGAUCCGACAUUUUUAACAUGUCAGUCACAUUUUUGCGAAGCAAAAAAAAGCGCAGCAAUUUGCUGAGCCCAAAACAGCUGGGGUCAUGGGGGGCGCUGUGAGCCCUUCAUGGCGGGUCCGGAAACUUUCGCUAUUUUAAGCCUCUACGCAUUAUAAACGGCCUAAAUAAUGUCCAAAUUAUUAGCUUUGUUAGAAACGUUUUUUGCUCUAAAGUUUUGAAUGGAAAAGAAAAUAAACCAUCUUUUAAAUGGUUUCAAAAAAGUGUAUGAAAAUUAAAAACAACAGUUUAAAUUUAAAUAUUUUAAGACUGUUUCGCCCAAUAUCAGGGCUCUUCAGCAUGUCUAGGAAAUGCCUAAUAACGUAAUGUUAGCUAUUCCAGACAUGGACAGUCUGCUAUAUGCUAAAGUAGGCUUAACUAGGGGAAGCUGAAUUGUUUCAACCAGAAUUACAAAAAUGGUUGGCUUUAAAAUUAUCAUCACAUCCUUCAUCAAAACCUUUCAGACAAAACAGAAUAUGAGCUUGAGCAUAAGUAUUUUUAGCAUUUAAUAAUGUAAAUACAGGUUCAACUUUGCACCACAGUUAAGAAAAUAGGAAAUUUGGUUUUUGAUGUAUCUGUACAGUCUGGAGACACAGCAUAAUGUUUCUUACCACUGGGAAAUUAAAGUAUUUGGCGAAAGGUGGCAAAAAUUUUCUGUGUUCAGAGUACUUACCAUGCUAUCGCAACUAGUCUACCAAAACAAACUAAACCAAGCCUGAUAGUACAAGUAAAAACAGCUUCAUUCCUCACAAAUUAUAUUGUGUUACACCAGUUUAAUUGUACAAAGCGUCAUCAUCAUAUGUAAGAUGGAACAAAAAUGCCUAAAUUAAAAAACUUAAGAACUACAAUGUUAGGUCAAUGUAUAUUGGGCUCUCUUUCAUUGAUCUGGUCUAAAACUAUACCAUAUCAAGUUUUAAGCCAUUGUUUUAAUAUUUGCACAAGUUAUUGGACUUUUACCAUUAGCGAAAAGUAUGCUUUUUUAUACUACCCACUCAUAAAAUUGCCACUUUGACUAAUUGGUUAGGAAUUAUUAUUUUUGUUAAAAAAUUCACAGACUUGUACUAAUAUCAAAAUUCCUCAGAUGAUAUAUCCUAGUAGUAAGCUAUUAACAUCUGCAGGAAGUUAUUAUCAGUCUACGUGUACUCUUCUGGGCCUAUUUUGUGAAAAUUAAAAAUUAAGUAUAAAAAGGAUUUUUCAUAUGAAAGUUAGAUCCUGCAGGCUUUUAUUAGCUAUAUAUUACAAGUGUUUAAGAUAACAAGAAUAAUAAAGCAUUAUCCUCUUAACAUAAAGCAAUUGUAGAACUCUCUAAGUUUUUGGUCAACAACUACAACUUUAAAAAAUAACCCACUCUGCAUUGAAAUUUCUAGCUAGCUAUGCAGGCUACAUAUGUUCCUAUAUCUAUAGCUACGCAACUGUAAUUAUAUUUUUGACACAAAGACUUGAUUUAAUGUAAUAACUUUACGUCUCUUUCUUGCACAUUUAAAAAAUUAUUGCAUCUCAUUCCAGCACACAUGGUGAGUCAUCUUGCCCGGUUACUUAUUAGCCUUGCAUGCUUUCGUUUGGUCCGAAAAGCUCUUGAUUGCUUUCAUUUGGUCCGAAAAGUCAUUGAUUGCUUUCGUUUGGUCUGAAAAAACCCUCCUAAUUGCUUUCGUUUGGUCCGAAAUUCAAAUUACACGGCAUCGGUUACAAAAGAAUUCAAUGAUUUUUGAAAAAUACAUGCUGUGUCACAUUUCGAAUGCCGUAAAUAUGGGUCAAAGUCGUCAGUUUUUUGUAAACCAAUCAGAAAACCUUAUUUCGGCGGCAAGCCAAUCACAUUGCAUGAAAAUUCUUCGGAUGUCAGUCGCUUUUUUUGCCGUAUCCAUCAACUCAGUCACACAAGAGAAAGGUCCGUAAAAUAAAGGUCAACGGUCGCAGGGACUGCAGGAUCACAGUACCCUAUUAUUUUUUACGAUUCUUAGUAAAAAUUAUGUCAGUCGCGUGACGGCGCUCACGUACACUGGAUCCGCCCCUGUAACUAAAUAUUUAGGCUUUCUCAACUCAAACAAUAGUUACCAUGACAACGCUUAGGCAGAUUUCCUCAAUUUUUUUUAUUUUUAGAUAUUAUAGAGGAUAAAAAGUUAAGAUAAUUUCUUAUUUCGCUCCAUAUUUAAGCUUGAAAGAUUACAAUCUGACCUCAUAAAAUCAUUAUUGUGUAAUAAGGUAGUCAGCAUAAAUUAUUACUUAAAACAUCUUGUUUGUACAGUUGCACAAAAUUAAAAAUCUUUACACUGUGGACUCACACCCAUGAUGAUAUUUUGACAUAUGUACAGUUUAUGUCAGCAUUUUUCAAAGCUAUCCUAUGACAUCACAAGUUCCUAUAUUUCGAAAGAAUCCUUUUUACGCGCUAGGGUACCUUUAAAUCACGAAAUUUUUAUGCAUAAAAAGUUUUUAGGCGAGCGAAUAAAGUCGUUGCAGUGUUUUUUUGUGAAGCGCGUCAACAUGCUGUGUAUAGGUAUCAUAGUGUUGAGACUGUCAACAACGAAAGAUGGAGAAUUCUAGUGACGAGACGCUUUUUACUGAAUUAUAUACAAAUCCCGAUAUUUUUCAUGCAGUGGUUGGUGAUACUAAGUUAUCAGAUGAGACUUUCAAUUUCUUGCGACACAAACUGUCAGAAGCGAACUCAACCAUUACAAAGUUUGAGCAACGAGAACAAAAUCUGACAAGUCAACUUGAUCAACUGGGAAGAGAAAAUCAGGAUGGGAGAAAUCAAAUCAUGGCAUUGCGCAUCGAACUGCAAAAUUUACGAACGAAACAUCUUACUGCUGAGCAAAGAAAUGACACGGAAACUCGUCAAAGGUUAACCCUGCAAGACGAAAUAACCGGAAUUGAAAAAGAACUUAAAGAUUCAAAGCUUCAAAAUAAGAUUUUGCAAGAAAAACUUGAAGAAACGUCACUAAAUCUGUCGAGCUCGGAAACAGCAAGUAAGGAGCUUUAUACAUUGGCUGUUGAAAGUUGUCACCAACGCGAUGUUAUGAAAGAACAGAUUGAAGAACUGGAAGAGAUAAUAACAACUUUCAAAACAACAUUGUCGAGCUUGCAAGAAGAAAAAUCAAAAAUAAGUGAUGAUCUCUAUUUGAUGAAGUCCGAAUAUGACUCCCUCGAUCAUUCCUUUCGAGAUUCACUCAAUGAGUUAGAUCUUUUAAAACUGGAAACGAAAAAACAGGACAGCUACAUAAAUGACACUUUGAGUAAAUUUAAAGAAGUAACUAUUCACUUCAACGAUAUGAAAAAUCAUUUUGUGCUACAACAGAAAAGACUAGAGGAAGUUCAUAACGACAUCGUUGAAAAGUGCUCACAAGAAAGUCAAAAGAAAAACGAAGCUGAAGAAAGAUUAAAAGAAAUUGGAAAUGUGAAAGAAACAGCAACAAUUAGGGAAGUCGAGCUGAAAAGUAAACUGGAAAAACUCGAAGAAUCUUUAAACAGCAUGGUUUCAGUACGAAAUGAAGUUAAUAACAAGAAUAAAAAUCUUCAAAGUUUGGUGGACGAACUCCGCGAAAGGGACGUUACAUGGACAACCGAAAACAGUGGACUAAAAUCCAAGCUUGUUUUUGAACAGCACUGCAUCAAAGAAAUAAAAAGUCAGCUGGAGAAGGAACAGGUCAAAAAAGAAAGUUUAAAAAUAAAAAAUAAAAAACUAUGCGAGAGUCUAAAAACGUUGGAAAUGAGGUAUGGAACAGUUGAAGCGCAAAGAAAAGAGAUUCACGAAAUGAAUGAAUCACUGCAAAAUGGAAACAUAAAAUUAGUAGCUCAAUGUAAAUUCAUGGAAAUAAAUCUUGCAAAGCUAAGCAAUGAAAACGCUGAUCUGAAAGAAGAGUUGAAAAAGCGUGAAGAGGAAGUACGCGCGUUUGUUGAAGAUGAAAAUAACAUUGAAAUUUAUUUGAAAGAAAGAUACACGGCAUUUACGUCACUACAAGUAUAUUACGCCAAGUUGGAAGUAGCUAAAAAUGAAGUGGAAAAAGAGCGAGAUAAGCUAAAAAAGGACAUCGAGAUUUUAUCAAAAUCUAAAGAAAAUGCUGAGAAAGGCAAUCAGGGGUUAGAGGAGAAGUUGAGUCAAUGUCAGUUUCUUUUUAUAGAGAAUGACGAAAAAUAUGCAGCUAUUAUGGAGAGGGUUAACACUUUAAUGAAACAAAACAUAACAUAUGAAAAAACUAUUAAACAAAUGAAUGAGCAAAUCAACGAGUUAAAGCAUAACUGUCAGGAACAUGUAUACAAUGAGGAAAAACUACGUAGCGAAUUAAUCCAGACAACGCAAAGGUUAGAAAAAUCUUUUGAUGAAAAUGAAGAAAUUCGAGCAAAGCUGACGGAGAGUUUGAGAAAGAUAACACUCACCAUGGAGGAGGAAGAAUCAAGGUUAAGAGAUGAAUACAAAAAAAAAGACGUGAAAAUAGAACACUUAUCUAGAAAAGUGAAGGAGUGUGAAGAAAUAAUUGAAGCAAACAAAACUCAGAUGUUCAACUCAAAUGAACGUGUUAAUUUGUUAUCUGCAAAAGUGGAAUGUCUCACAGCCGAAAUUUUAAAGUUAAAACAAGAACAAGAGCAACUUGUACAACAAAUAGAAACGUUUCGACAUUGCGAAUCUGCGUGGCAAAAUGAUGCAACGUCAAAUUUAAGUAGAAUUGGAAAACUGGAAAAGAUGCUGGAUGAACGAGACAAGACAAUGGCACUUUAUAGAGAAGAGGUGGAAUUGUUGGAAAGGUUAUGCAAGGAAGAUCAAAUGCAAGCUAUCAAAGAAUUGCAAGAAGAAUUAAACAGAGAUCACAGUAUCCAAGACACUUCAUCACUAUGGAAUGAACUAUAAAGAAUACUAUGGAAUGAAAUAUAAAGAAUACAUUUCAUGGGAGGUCAAUGGGAGGUGAAAUGGAAUACACGUGCUGUUUGCUGUAACUUUUAUUAUUUAUAAUUUAUGAAAUAAAAAUAUUCAACUUUGCAGUCAAAUAAAGUAAAUUACAAUA